UGACGAAAUCAUCACACACUCACCAGCCUUCCAACGGUACACACCAGGAGAACAGACAAGAUGGUGUCUCACAGAGCGAUGUUCGUCGUGGCCUUGGCGCUCUUCGGAGGUGCCUUAGCUCAGCCUGCCAAGCAAGGGUUCUGGAAGGGAACACCCAUGGAUGGGAUGGUUGAGGAGAUGAGGUCCGGCUGUGCUGAAGGAUCUGAUCCUACCGCUUGCAUCAAAUUCAAGGUUAUGUCCUUGUUGGAUACCAUCUUCAAGAAAGACACUUUCCAGAUCUCCGAAGCCGUGGAAGUGACCAAGAACGAUGCUGCCAAUGACGUCACCGGCCGUUCCACCGGGGACUUCUUCGACAACGUUGAAAGCUUCAUCCAGUCCCACGACGUGACCUUUCAACUGCCCAUCGCCGACACCAAGAUCACCGUGAGCCCGAGGAACCUGGACCAGGAUGAGAUGAGCGUGAACAUCAAGUUCAACAAGGAAGGUGCUCGUUCCGUUGGAGAGGCCCGUAAAGCUAAGCUCAAGAAGAUCAUCGUGCCAAUCCUGGUGUUCGUGCUCCUCAAGGCUAUGACCCUCAUCCCUCUGGCUAUCGGAGUCCUCGGUCUGAAGGCCUGGAACGCCCUGCAGCUGUCUUUCUUCUCUUUCGUCGUCUCCGUUGCUCUCGCCAUCUUCCAGCUUUGCAAAAAGUUUACCCAGAUCGCCGCGGACAACACCCACCCCCAGAUCGCAGCCCAUGGACCUUGGGACGCCGCCUACGCCGCUCGCCAAAGGAGGGACACAGCUGAACCUCAAGAAAUCGCCCAGGAACUUGCUUACAACGCUUACCACUAAACGUCUACUCGAACCCGGACUGAAUACGAACGACCCAAGCCUCAGAAAAAAACCGUUCAGACCAAAUUCAAAAAUCGAAUCGAUCGAACGGACAUAGACCAAAUAAUAGUUUCAAGUGAAACUGAUGCGUGUAAAUACUAUGUAGUGCAAUUUAUUUAUUGAGUGAUAGGCGCGUGAUUGUGAUGUGUGAAUGUUUUUUUGUUUUAUUUUUAUUUAUUUUUAAAUAAAGUUUUAAUGUAA